UUCACCUCCGCCAAUAGCCAGCCCAACGCGGCCUCUCCUUCCUCCUGUCAGGUGCCCACAUUGGCAACAGCGAGACAGCAGCCCCCAGCCAUGGCGGACAUCGAUUUGUAGCAUCGGAGGUGCGGAGCAGCGCGGAUUCGCGGCGAAUUCAAGGUAUCCCUUCCCAUACUGAGUCCUCCGCCCCUCGACCGGAUCCACCCCGCGCCAUGUCUUCCCGGCUGCCGACGCAUCUGUCCAACCGGAGUCCACGGCGAUUCCCCACAGUCUGCUGUCUCCUAGUCCUCACCCUCGCUCUCCUCUUCACCUCCGCUGCCGCCAAGUCCUCUCGCCGCCCAAUCUCCGACAACGAGAUCCGGCAGCAGAAGGAGGCAUGCUACACCGACGUCGAGAACGGGCUAUGGGGGUGGGCGUGCAGGUCCUCGCCAACGGAGAAGGAGAACUGCGUGCUGCGCUGCCUCUCCCCUGAGUGCUACAACCUCAUCUACGGCGGCGACCCCCUUGAAGAAGGGGAACUGGAUUAUGUCCGCAGCCAGGAGUACAAGUACUGCAUGCGCAAAUCAUCCCUUGGAGAAAGCUUGGAUGGUGUGAAGGGAUCCUUCAGUUAUUCAUGAAGGAAACCAAAAGGAAAAAGUGACAGUAUCGUUUUCGUUGCGUCCUCAUCCAUGCCGAGGAUUGAUCAAUCGACAAUAUUUUUGGAUGGUUACGGUGGUGGAUCUUACCGUGGUUGAUCCCAUGAUCUCAGCGCAAUGACUGGCCCAAGACCUAUUCCAUAGUCGGUAAAGUAGGCAUGAUUGGCAUUGUUAGGUUUGGAUUCUAGAAAAUUAAGCUAUCUAGAAAAUUAAGCUAUCGAAUUGCAAAGCCAUGUAUUUAACCCUGCUUCAGCAUGUAUUCUGUGCAGGAUACUUAUCCUCUUGCACUGCAAAACCUGCUGUAUUCUGCGCGGCAUUACUAGAACAACUAGCCUGUGCGACUUUGUUAUGGACCCAAACACUUCAGCAUGCUUGAACUCAGGAAUCGCGAUGUUUUUUCUCAAAGUUGCCCGGUUCAAAUCAGGGUGUCAAACCGGAAAAGUGGCUAGGGUUUUUGGUGCGUUGUUUCUCCGGCAAACGCUAUCUUAGACUCACCUAGCAAGAGCAAGCGCUUGGUAGUGUCAAGAAAACCUAGCAAGAGCAAGCUUGCUUACCGCGGCAAGAAAAUGCUCGCUCAGCUGGGCGAGCUGAAUUUGCUCUCCGUCAGCAGCAAGCUGUCAAUUGCUGCAAAGAACGUGGUCUUCCCGUGCUUCUCCAUCUAGGAACCAAACAGUAAAGACUUGCUUGCCAGGGCCAGGGCAUUGCUCCUACAGUCCUACGAGCUAGAUUUAGGGGUUGUUUGGUUUCAGGGACUUUUUUUAAGUCUCUGGGACUUUUUAGUAUUUAGAAGUAUUAAAUAAAUAUUAAUUAUAAAACUAACUGCAGAAUCCUGGGGCUAAACUGCGAGACGAAUCUAAUGAGGUAUCUUAAUCUAUGAUUAGCGAAUGGUUACUGUAGCAUCAAUGUAGCAAAUUAUGAAUUAAUUAGGCUCAUUAGAUUCGUCUCGCGAAAAAGCACUCAGCUGUCAAAAAACAUUUAUAAACAGAUUUUAUUUAAUACUAUAAAAUAGUAAUAUUCUUUUUGAUGUGAUAGGGACUUCUGAAAAAAGUCCUGGAGCCAAACAAGUCCUUAGGUAGCUCUCGCUAAGCAAGGUGCUCGAGAGAUCCAAACGCAUUCCUUUCGGUGUUUUCGGCCUCAUGGCAGCGUGGAACUGAAAAACCCUCUACACUCACUGAUGUCCCCCUAAAGAAACUAGCUACUUUGUAAAACGUACGGUUUUGAACUCGCUGGUGAACGUUAGUGGCCGUUUCAAGUUCACUAUAUUGUGCUUCUGUCGGUUGCAAUGGCAACCUUUUGCUAAGGAUUUAAACUUUUGCACGAUCCCAAAAAAAUGGUACUCUUGCUGUUAGUUGGAGCAACUCGUCAAUAAAUACUCAUGAACUGGAUAUCAUGCUGGUGCCGGACAGCAUGACACAUCGCCUGAACUCUACCUUGCACAGGCAAAUUCUUACUGCCAAAUGCAGUUAGCAAAUGCUCCUCCGAUCAAUACGGUAUAAACUGACAAAUUGGCAGGAUUAGCAGGUGUAAAAGAAUCUGAAGCCUUUUAAAUACCUCGCAAAAAACAAGACUUUUGAAUGUCCCGGUGGCAGCUCAACUCUUUUUCUACUUGUACUGGAGUAACACAUGGUUUUCAAAACUGAAAUCAUGAGGAAUUUUAUAAGUCCCGGUGGCAGCUCUACUUUUUUCUACUUGUACCGGAGUAACACAUGGUUUUCAAAACUGAAAUCAUGAGGAAAUUUAUAAGUCCCGGUGGCAGCUCAACUCUUUUCUACUUGUACUGGAGCAUAUAAUUUUUAAAACUGAGAUCAUGAUGAAAUUUAUAAUUACCCUGUGCGUCCGGUCCCACAUUCAGCCUUAAAAGACAGAACACCUGCCAAGUUGCCCUUUUCCUCCCGGAGCAAGAUGGAAAGAGGGGAAAGGAGGAAUUCUCCAACCAGGCUCCAGUAAAGCCACCCUGCCGCAGCUAUCAUUAAAGCAAUCAGGCCAGGCAUUAAGCCAAUCAACCCUCCCAAUCCCACCCUUAAUCAGCUCGCCCAGCUCCCAAAUCUUCCAUUAUAAUCCAAGAUUCCCUGCUCACUCUUCUAUUUCUUCUACUGCUAGUACUCCCCCCACAAGCUGACCCCCUCCAUGAUAGUGCUCCCUCUGAUCUAAGGCUCUCCCACCAACCACCCACUCUCCCCCGCUGCCCGCCGGCGAUGGCCGCAAUGCCGGCGCCGGCCGUGGGCUUGGCCGUCCUGCUGCUCUUCGCCGCCGCCCUGCCGGCCCUCCGCGCGGAUGACCUCAACUCCGACGCGCAGGCCCUGCAGGCGCUGCGCUCGGCGGUGGGGCGCUCCGCGCUGCCGUCGUGGAACAGCACCACGCCCACGUGCCAGUGGCAGGGCGUGACGUGCGAGAACGGCCGCGUCGUCGAGCUCCGCCUCCCCGGCGCCGGGCUGAUGGGCAGCCUCCCCUCGGGCGUGCUCGGCAACCUGACCGCGCUCCGCACGCUCUCCCUCCGCUACAACGCGCUCACGGGGCCCCUCCCCGACGACUUCACCCGCCUGUCCGAGCUCCGGGCGAUCUACUUCCAGCACAACAGCUUCUCCGGCGAGGUCCCGGCGUCGCUGUUCGCGCUCAAGAACCUCGUGAGGCUGGACAUCGCGGAUAACAAGUUCACCGGCGAGAUCUCGCCGGACUUCAACAAGCUGAUCCGGCUCGGGACGCUGUACCUCGACGGGAACAGCUUCACCGGCGAGAUCCCCAAGCUGGACCUUCCCGCAUUGGAGCAGUUCAACGUGUCGCACAACCAGCUCAACGGGUCCAUCCCCACCAAGCUCCGGAAGAUGCCGAAAGACUCCUUCUUGGGCAACACCGGCCUCUGCGGGGGGCCGCUCGGCCUCUGCCCCGGCGAGACCGCGCCCACGCCGGCCGGAUCACCGGAUUCCCAGCCAGGUGCCGGGGGCGCUGCUGACAUCGGUGGCGGCAAGAAGAAGAAGCUCUCCGGGGGCGCCAUCGCCGGCAUUGCCAUCGGCUGCGUGUUCGGCGUGCUGCUCUUGCUCGCCCUGCUUUUCUUCCUCUGCCGGAAGAAGUCCAGCGCGGCCCGUCCUGCGGCGGCAGUGGAGAAGGGUCGCGACCUCGGCAUGGAGCCGUUGGAGGUCGAGCCCAAGGGACAGAACGGCUCAGCAGCCGGCGCGGGCAGCCACAACGGGGCUGCUGCGGCUGUUGCAGUGCCAGCCGCCGCCGCCGCCGCGGCUGCUGCCAAGACCGGCGGUGGGUCGACCGGUUCCAAGAAGCUCAUCUUCUUCGGCCCCAUGGCGGCGGCCCCGCCGUUCGACCUGGAGGACCUGCUCCGCGCUUCGGCGGAGGUGCUGGGCAAGGGCGCGUUCGGGACGGCGUACAAGGCGGUGAUGGAGAACGGGUCGGCCGUGGCGGUGAAGCGGCUCAAGGACGUGGACCUCCCGGAGCCGGAGUUCCGGGAGCGCAUCGCGGCCAUCGGCGCCGUGCAGCACGAGCUGGUGGUGCCCCUCCGCGCCUACUACUUCAGCAAGGACGAGAAGCUCCUCGUCUACGACUACAUGUCCAUGGGCAGCCUCUCCGCCCUGCUGCACGGGAACCGGGCCUCCGGGCGGACGCCGCUGGACUGGGAGACGCGGUCGGCGAUCGCGCUCGCGGCGGCGCGCGGCGUGGCGCACAUCCACUCCACGGGGCCCGCGGCGUCUCACGGCAACAUCAAGUCCUCCAACGUCCUGCUCACCAAGAACUACGAGGCGCGCGUGUCCGACCACGGCCUGCCCACGCUCGUCGGCCCUUCCUUCUCGCCGACGCGGGUCUCCGGCUACCGCGCCCCGGAGGUCACCGACAUCCGCCGCGUCUCGCAGAAGGCCGACGUGUACAGCUUCGGCGUGCUCCUGCUGGAGCUGCUCACGGGGAAGGCGCCCACGCACGCCGUCGUCAACGAGGAGGGCCUCGACCUGCCGCGGUGGGUGCAGUCCGUCGUGCGGGAGGAGUGGACGGCCGAGGUGUUCGACCAGGAGCUCCUCAGGUACCAGAACGUCGAGGAGGAGAUGGUGCAGCUCCUCCAGCUCGCCAUCGACUGCUCCGCGCAGCACCCCGACAGGAGGCCAACCAUGGCCGAGGUGGCCACGCGGAUCGACGAGAUCUGCCGCUCCAGCCUCGGCGCCCGGCAGGCGGCCGACAGCGCCGGCGAAGGCGACGAGCCAUCACUAUAACCGCCGCCGUAGCAGCUGCUCCUCAUGCACCAUACUUGUCAGUCUCAGUGAAUGAAAAGUUUGAAAUUGCUUAGUUCUUUGCAUGAUAUUGCUCCCGCAGGCUACUUUUAAUUCAUCAGCAACUUGUGCAUGCUUUUUUUUUCUUCUUUUUUUUUUCUUUCUCUUCUUCUUCUUCAUCUUUUUUUGGCCUUUCUCUCACGGGCUUUGAUUCUACUCUAUAGCACAUGUCACUGUACUCUUUGAUUCUUGAAAAGCAACAUUUGAUGAUGCCUUGCCUGUAUCCAAAGA